CACAACUGCCAUCGCUAGUGUGUUUUCAGCGCCUUUUCCACCAUAAUUGUUGGCGAAAAACAAGCGAAGGAUUUGCUGGGGAAAAGCGACCAGGACACAGGAAGACAACAGCAGAAUGCCCGCCGGCAUUGUGAAGACCCCGAGCAGCGUCAGGACGAAGGAUGCAGCCGUGGCAAAGUCCGCGGAGAAGACCGCGAGCGGUGAAAAGUUUGUGCAGACGCGUCUGCCAUUCAAGAUGAUUACGCCAGGCGGUGGAGCAGGAGCCACCGCCUCCUCGUCCUCGUCGUCCGCCGGCCCCGUUACUGUGAUCCUAGAUGACGAAGAUCCCGUUCCGCGCAAACGGAAGCUCUCGUACGACGAUGAAACGCCACAGGAGGGCACCGGCAGUUCCGCCGCACAGCUGCGCCGUUCGAACAGCAAAGAGAACCUCGAUUUGGCCAGUUCCAUAGCCACAAAGAAGGCCAAGACUGCAGACAUAGAGGUGGAAUCCCUGGCGGAGGAUGUCAUCGAACUGGAUGAUGAUGAAGGUGAUGAGGAAGAAAAAGACAUGACGGAAGAGAUCGCGCCGGUGAAGAAGACCACAGAGGCCAAGCCGAAGACCAAGAAGCCGGUGGCGAAGAAAGCCUCGCCGGCACCCAUACAAAUCAAGUUGCCAUUGGUCAACAAACGAUCCAAGCGCAGAAAAUCCCUCAAGAAAUCCGAGGAGGCGCUGGACACUUCAGCCAAGGAUGUUGCCAAGACAGGCAGUGAGUCCAGCGAUGACAUAGAAGCACUAGCUGAGGAGCUGAACCCUCAAAAGAAGCUGCGAGUCCAGGUGGUGGAGCUUGACUCACCAGAAGAGAGCCCCAAAAACAAAGAAAAGGAAGAGGAGAAGGUCAGCCAGAAUGAGAAAAAGGACCCAAAGAAGCAGAAGGAGGCCAAGGAUACGUCAAAGGAAUCCAAAAAGGAAGAGUCCAAACUCACAGAGCAGAACAAGAAAAACGAUCAAUCCACGAUAGAUCUCUUUAUAGCUAAGAAGGCGGAAGCCGGCAAGAAAGAAGUGCCUGAAAACAAGAAGAGAAAUAAAUCGAUUGUAGAGGAUUCCAAACCCAAAGAAACCACCAAGCAGGAUAAAACCAAAGCGGCCGGGAAACUCGCGAAGGAGGAAUCAAAAUCAGCUGAAAAGCACGAUCCAGAAGAAAACGAAGCCAGUUCAACGAAGUCGCAGAAAGAGAAAGACAACCCGCCUGCCAAAAAUCAAAAAGAAGAGCUCUCCAAUGGCAAGAACCAGAAAGAAGAAGCAAGCAAGAAAUCCCAAAUAAAGGAAACUGAAAAGAAGGCCGAAUCACCAAAGGAGAAACCCAGCAAUGAGAUCGAGCAGGACUCCGGAAAAACCAAGAAAGACGAGCCAUCUGCUCCGGAAAAAUCCGAGAAAGGAACACCCGAAGAUGCUGAAAUCUCAGUGAUCCUCUCCAGCAGCGAAGACAACAGCUCCAGCAGCGAGCACGAAAUGGACGUGGACACGGACGUGCAGAAGGAUGUUCCUCACAACAGAAGAAGCCUCCCGGAGGCCACUGAUUCCCAGAAGACGCUCACGCCCAAACAGCAGAAACUUCUGGAGCGAAGGAAGAAAGCUCGCGAGGAGAAGGAACAAAAACUGGCUGAGGAGCGGCGUCUGAAGCAGCAGGAGAAGGAACAGCGGGAGCAGCAGAAGAAGCAGGAGCGCGACGAAAAGGAGCAGCAAAGGAAGAUGGAGAAGGACCAAAAGGAGCAGCAGAAGAAGAUGGAAAAGGAGGAGAAGGAGCGCAAGCGGCAGGCCGAGGUGGAUUCCAAGAACGAGGAGAAGCGCAAGCGCAACGAGGCCAAGGAGGAGGUGCAGCGCAAAAAGGACGAGGAGCGCCGCAAAAAGGAGCAGGAACGCGAGGAGGCCGAGCAAAAGAAGAAGCGAGCCGCCGAGUCCUUCACCAAGUUCUUUGUGCCCAAGCAACCGAAAACCGGCGGCGGAUCCAAUGCCACAUCCUACCUGGAACACGAACAGAGCAGCUGCGACAGCUCCAAGGCGAGCAGCCAGCUGCUGGCCUUCCGACCCUUCCAGGUCAAGGACGACAUGCUGCUGGCGCCCAUUGUGCGCGCCUCGCUUGGCCAGGAGCAGCGCUCCCAGCUGGACGGACUCUUCAAGCACCACGACGAGGAUGACGACGACGACGAGGAGGAGGAGGGCAUCGUUCGGCGAAAGCCACCAAAUCGGGCUCAUCUUUAUCUCAGCGAACUGAGCAAUGGGCGGCGGUUGCCACUGAAGAUGCUGCGCGAUGCCAGACUUCAAAGACGCACCAAGGAUGAAGAGGAGGAGGACGAGGUUCAAGUGAUAGACGACCUUUCCACUGCUGGUCUGCCCAUUGAGGAGGAGCAGCCCAAGCAGCUGGCCAGGAUGCGGGCCAAGUAUCUGCACUUUGCGGACAACCGAAGACCGCCCUACUACGGCACCUGGCGCAAGAAGAGCACCAGCAUCUCCGCUCGCCAUCCACUGGCACAGGAUAAAGUUCACUUCGAUUACGAACUGGACUCGGAUUGCGAGUGGGAGGAGGAGGAGCCGGGCGAGUCGCUCAGUGCCAGCGAGGACGAGAAGGAGCGCGAGUCGGAGGAGGAGUCCGAGGAGGAGUACAACGAGUGGUACGUGCCGCACGGUCAUCUCAGCGACGAGGAGCUGCAGAACGACGGCGACGGCGAAAUGGAUGAUGGACACACGCGCGAGGCGCAAAAGGCCAAGUUGCAGGUGCUGCAGCAGGAGUUCGCCCAGGAGAUGAAGAAGCAGACGAAGAAGAUCAAACCACGCCUCCUGGGUCCCGUUUGGCUGGACGAGAACGGCAACAAAUCGGAGCUGUUCCCGGCCAUUUUCGCCCACACCAUCGACAUGUACGCCUGCUGGCAGACGGAGCCGCUCAGCCUGGAGCCACCGCCGGAGCCGGAGCGCGAGGAUCAGCCGCCCGAGCAGCCGGUGCCACUGCAGCUGGACGAUCGCCUGUUGCAGCAGCUGGUGCGCCUGACCCACGGCAAUCGGAACUCGAAGACGUUCUUGAUCAACGAGUAUUUAGAGUACCUGAAAACCCAACCAUCCGUCGAGUCCAAUCAAACGCUGUUGCCCUCGAAGACUGUGCUACGCGAGAAGUUCGACGAGCUGGCCAGCUGGAAGACCGUGGAGCUGGGCACACCCGAGGCGGCGGCCACCAAUGCGACCAGCGCCAAAAAGACCAAGAAGCCGAAGAAGCGUGUCUGCUGGGUGGUGGCCACCGAGCUGCUGGAGAAGUACCAGCUGCCGGAGCUACCGCUGCAGAACCAGUGGGACUACACGCUGACGCCCAAGGUGAGCGAGGGAGCCGAUGCAGCGCAGCACGAGCAGAGUCCGCCAGCAGAGGCGGAAGCCACCGCAUCACCCGUCGUGGCAUCGGUUGCCAACUCAACGUCGCCCACAACGCCCGUCACGGGCCAAAGUCAGGCAACUCCUGGCGCCAAAAAGCGGGCCACCUUGAUCAUGUCCGUGCCCAGGGAUCAGCCGAUUCCCACGGCCACCAAGAACAAGCUGAUCAGCCAGUUCCUGCGGCGCCAGAACGAUGCCAGCAGUCCUAAGGAUAAGCCGCAGGAUAAGGCCAAGGAGAAGCCGCCUCCCGCCGUCAGCGAGGAUGUGGUGAUGCUCUCGGAUUAGACCUAAGUUAACCCCCCCAAAAAAGAAAACACUACUGCCCCAGGUUUUGUGGGUCUUCCUCCUAGCCGUAGUUUCAAUUGAUAUCCACGCACAUUUUUUUUUCGAUAGAUUCGCUUGUAAGUUGAUUUAAUUUUUAAUGUUCCCGAUGUACGUUCGACUUGUAUGUCCUCCUCCUCAUCAGCCCAUCCGCAUCAGGUGUAUCCCUUCCCAGCCAGCAUCCAUCCACCCACCCGCUCAUCUGUAGCUCUGUUAAGUGGUUCGCGGAACAAGUACUCACAAACUGUAAUUAUCGCGGUACGUUUCGGUUGCGUUAGUGAACCAUCUAUACAUAUAUAGUAUAUAUGCAAUAAUACAUUACCUGAUCUUUUA